UCCUCAUUGGCCGAGCCUUGGUGUUUAAAGCAGGAGAGAGGGAGCGGGGCUGCUGUCGGGGCAAGUCGCUGUUCGUGUCGGUUCCUCCUCUCUCGACACUGAAGUGGCGAUGGCUGGCUUCACCUUCCUCCUCGUUGUGUUGUGUCUCUCGCCAGUUUUGUCUAGUUCUGAGCUGAAGAAUGCACAAUGUGCUCAAGGCCCAGGAUAUUACUGUCAAGACCUGAAGAGCGCCCUACAGUGUGGAACAGUCCAGCAUUGUUUUCAGACCAAAUGGAGAGAGCCAAAUGAGGGGGCUGACCUUUGUGAAAUGUGUAAGAAGUUUCUCGGGGAGAUUGUCACUAUGCUGAAGGAAAAGCCUGUGCAGGAUGCUGUGAAAGAUGCUUUACACAAAGGAUGCUCACUGAUCCCAAUAAAAUCAUUUGCAGACCAGUGUAAUGAGUAUGUUGAUGCAUACCUUCCCCUAGCAUUUCAAUUCAUCAAGAACGAACUGAAACCAGAGGUGGUGUGCUCCGCUCUGGGACUGUGCAAGUCUCUGUCACAGUUUCCCCAGCAGGAAGUGCACUCCAACACCAUCCCUGAGCAGCAACCAAGCCUGGCCCACCUGCUUCCGUCUCGUCUGUAUCCUGCAAGCCGGAUACCUCAGCAGGAAGGAUUUUCCCAGUUGCCCCAAUGUGAAUUGUGUCUACUUAUAGUGGAAAAGCUGUUCAGCAUGCUUCCUGAAGAAAAAACUGAGAGUGCUAUCAUCCAUCUGCUUGAUGAGAUCUGCUCCCACCUGCCAGAAAGCGUUUCUAAAGAAUGCAAAGAUUUUGUGGAUAAGUAUGGAAGAGAAGUCAUUGAAAUGCUUAUCAAUCGAAUAGCUCCCAAAACUGUGUGUAUGACUCUCCACCUCUGCUUUGCCAAGGAUGCAGAGAGCUCAGAGCAAAUGUAUGAACUGCAGGAUAGCAUAUCCUGUGAUACAUGUGAGAACAUGGUGCAUCAUCUCAGAUUGGCUCAGAAGAAUGGUUCAGAAGUAGACACACUGCUGGAGAAAAGCUGCAGCUCCUUGUCUGGAACCCAACGCUCUCUGUGUGAAAGCUUCGUUCAAUCUUACAAAAAAGAGCUUAGCAAAAUGCUUCAAAAGUCCCAGGAAGAAAAGGACAUUUGUGGGGAACUGAGCAUCUGUGUAAGGAAAAAGACUGUACAUCUGCUUGGAGAGAAUAAAUGUACUUGGGGACCAGCGUACUGGUGUAAGGACCGAGAAACAGCCACCAAGUGUCAUGCUGUUGAACACUGCAAGAACCACGUCUGGAACUAGAGGUCAUUUCUGGUGGAAGACAGCAGAAAUUACAUACUUUUAAAAUGCAAAGGCUCUUCCUUUAGUACCCGUUAAAUGAUUCUGCUUGUGUGUGUGCAUGUUUCCUUUAAGCAAUUGUGUGUUGCUAUAGCUUGUGCAUUCAAUGCAAUCCCUAUUAUUGUGAGAUGCUACAGAGGCAAGAUUAUUGGUAAUCCUUUACUUCCAUCUAACCAAUAUUGACAGAUGCUAUAUUUGAGUUUUAAUGACAAGAAUUGAUUAGGAAUUAUUUUUGCUCAACUGUUAAAAUUUAAUAUUUUGAAAGGAAUGGGAAUUGAACACAAGGUAAAAGCUCAGUGCUACUAAAAUGAAAGACAAUGGCAACAGUAGAUACAACAGAAGGUGGAUCUUGUCUAUCAAUUUCUCCUUGGAGUAAAUAAGGGUGAGACAAGAUUUCAUGGAGUUUGUGACAGCAUCAGAGAAGCUGUUCUCAACUGUAAGUGGUUCAUGAAAUUGGUGAAAUGAGGUUGAUUUGAUUGCUAUACCUCCAACGGCAAAAGAUUUCCUGCUUUGUGUAUUAAAGCAACUGUUGCUCUUUAAUGCAGUGGUUUAAACUGUUAGUUACUUUGGGGAUUCAGUUUAAGGAGAAAUUUUAAUUAAAGCAAAUUUCCUUGCCUAAGAGUAUUUUAAAAAUAAUUCACUGUAUAUUAGUAAGUCUUUAUGAUUUAUGUUUUUGGUCAAUACCAUUGGUUGUAUUAAUAAUGCUGUCAAUGAACUGUGAUUGACUAACAGCUUGUAACUAGAUGAACAACAGCUGGGAUUAGUACAAUAAAUUAAUAGCAAGAGAACAAAAAUACUUUUUUUAAAAAUGUGAUUGUGACAGAAUUUUAAUCAAUGAUGUAGAUUUACUUGUUAACAUUUCCUUGAUUAUUAGUCUUGGUUAUAACAGUAUGCAAAAAAUUAUGCUUUUGUUGGUUUUACAUUUAUUCAGCAAAUUAAAGUACUUUAAAAUCA